AUGUCCGGCGCCGAACCCCUCGUCAGUAAGAACAGCGCUGAAACCGUGGAAGCCUUCUACAAGCUACUUGAUGAACGGAAACGUUUUGCAGCGUCGCGAUCGGUCGCAACUAUACCCAAAUGGCCAGCAGCCCGCAAUGAUCACUACUGUGACCAAGAGGUGUGUCGACACGAUGUCAUUGACUUGUCCUCCAUGUGUGAGCGGUCCGAUAGCGAUAGCGACUGGCAGCCAUACAUCACGGGUGACAAGAAAUUCCCCAUCAUCGGAUACGAAUCUCCAUCGAACAGUGAACACAUUGUCCGUCUCCGUUACAACACACCACCCACAGUCUACGAUGACCAAGACCACGGAAGCCGUCGGAUGUCUUCGAUAGACCCUAAAUCAAGCAUUCGCGCCCUCCGACAAGAACUCGACAACCUACAGAUCAGCAGCGCACAGUCUUUUCUUGACCUAGAGGAGCAGCUCGACAUGCUCGCCUCAUCAUACGAUAUGCUGCGUAGGGACCACCAAGCUCUCUCCAACAAACAUAACGAACUCCUGGGGCUUUCAUUGAAGCAGUGCAAAGAGCUAGGCAGUCAGGCCAAGGUCUUGAUGGGAUUGAGCGAGUGGAAAAAGCGCACGGAAAAUAGCUUCGCCGCGGUACGCGUUCAAGGGCAAGAACCGGAGGUUUUGUAUUUCGACACACCGCGUUCGACUUCCACGGCGGAGAUCGGACUGGAGGAUCUGAGAGCUACUCCUCUCGCAACGGAGAGUCGGGCUGUUACACCGGCAUCGAAUGAACGAGACCACGGUGUCGGAGGGGUACCGCCACCUCCGACCAUGCCUCCCACGACGCCUGAACGACGUGCCAAACAUCCGCGUUUGGUCCUGAGACUAUCGGCCAAGCCAGUCACGAAGGAGGAAGUCAUGGAAUCCCCUAGUGCUUUGGGAACGGACGAGCCCCAACGCCCGAAGCGCGUCAGGAAGCCCACGGAGAAGCGCAAGGCCGCUGAGCUGGAGGCAGCGUCGGCAAGGAAAGCGAGGAAGCUGAGUUGCAAAUCAGCCCCGUUCUGA